AUGACGGUGGGAGCCAGGCUCCGAAGCAAGGCGGCGGGCAACCUCCCGCGCUGCGGGCCGCUGGCCCGGGGGCGAGGGCGGACGGAGGGGGACGAGGAGGCGGCCGCUAUCCUGGAGCAUCUGGAGAGCGGGGCGGAGGCGGCGGAGAGCGAGGCGAGCGUCCGGCGCCCGGGGUCCCGGGGCGCGCGGAGGGUGCACCUCGCCGUCCUCCCAGAGCGCUACGAGCCGCUGGAGGAGCAGGUGCCGAGCGAGAAGCCCAAGAAGAGGUACCGGAAGAAGCUGAAGAAGUGUGGCAAGAACGUUGGGAAGUUUAUCACCAAAGGAUGCCGCUACAUCGUGAUUGGCCUGCAGGGAUUUGCCGCUGCCUACUCCGCCCCGUUCGGCGUGGCCACCAGCGUGGUGUCUUUCGUCCGCUAG